UUACAUGACACCAGCAGGUUAGGUGGAGGUGCCGGAGUUCGGCGUAGUACAAUACCCUGCUUGUGUGUGCGAGGGAAGGAAAGUAGGACAAAUGGUACGGCAGGGUCAUGAAGGUUUAUGAGUGUUAUUAACAGCGAUCUGCGAACGCAACCCAGCUCCUAGCUCGCUUGGUGCUUUUGUCUGGAAAUCACAGUUUCCUUUUGGAGCUUCGACGGCUUGUGACCAUUUUCGUUUGGCCCGAAGUGACUUGUCGGUCUCUUUUUCUUCUUUGGCUGCCAAUUUAUGAAGUGACGGAGCAACUUUUCUCUCGACUUUCUUUCCCCUCGCGCAGCCCUGCCAAGAGGGGAGGAGGAAGGGUGGGGAGGGGGAAAAUAACUUCUUCGAGAAUAGAUUGAAGCGAGUCCUGCCUGGUGUCAUGGCUGAGGCACCGCCGCUGCAACAGGUCGUGGAGAUCGACCCCGAUUUCGAGCCCCAGUCCCGGCCGCGGUCGUGCACCUGGCCGCUACCCCGACCGGAUUUCAGCUGUGCUUCCUCGCCGGCUUCGGUCAAGCAAGAAGGAGCGAGCGAGUUCAACCUGACCCCGGAAGGAGCCGGCCGUGUGAGCGCUUCGGUCUCGCCGGCUCUGGUGUUGGAGGAGCAGGACGAGGACUUCGACCAGAAGCCGGUCGUUCUGGCGCCCGAGUGCUGUGGCGACUUCCACUGCCAGCACCAGGAUGGUUGUCACCAUCAACAUCAGCACCAGCAGCAGCAGCAGCAGCAGCAAGUGUCGCCGGCUGGAGCCGCGUCGGCAGCCCAGAGGAAGAGCAGUUCGUCCCGGAGAAACGCGUGGGGCAAUCUGUCAUACGCCGACCUCAUCACAAAAGCCAUCGAGAGCUCUCCUGAAAAGAGACUCACCCUGUCCCAGAUUUACGACUGGAUGGUCAGGAGCGUUCCCUACUUCAAGGAUAAAGGAGACAGUAACAGCUCAGCUGGAUGGAAGAACUCAAUCCGUCAUAACUUGUCACUGCACAGCAAGUUUGUACGAGUUCAGAAUGAGGGAACUGGCAAGAGUUCUUGGUGGAUGCUAAAUCCGGAAGGGGGAAAGAGUGGAAAAUCUCCAAGGAGAAGAGCAGCAUCCAUGGAUAACAACAGCAAGUUCGCAAAAAGCAGAGGAAGGGCGGCUAAGAAAAAGGCAGCUCUUCAGGCAGGUCAAGAUGGCAGUGCUGAUAGUCCCGGAACACAGUUCUCAAAGUGGCCUGGAAGUCCGAACUCGCACGGUAAUGAUGAUUUUGACGCCUGGACCACUUUCAGAACGAGAACUGGUUCAAAUGCUAGCACAUUAAGUGGAAGGCUCUCUCCUAUUAUGACAGAACAGGAAGAUAUUGGCGAUGGUGAGGUUCAUCAAAUGUCACCCUUAGUCUAUCCGGGUAGCUCCAGUAAAAUGGCAUCAACACUACCAAGUCUAAGUGAGAUGACUAGUUCUAUGAACAAUUCUAUGACUGAAAAUGUGAUGGAAGAUCUCUUGGACAAUUUGAAUCUUUUGUCCCCAAACUCAUCUCUGGUAGCAUCCACCCAGCCUUCGUCAGUGUCACUAAUGCAGCAAAGCACUGGCUACUCAUUUGCACCCCAGAACACAGCCAUUGGUUCACAGACCCCAGAUUACAGAAAAUGCCUGUAUGCUCAGAGCAGUAUGAAUUCUCUGCAGCAAAUGCCUAUGCAGACCUUUCAAGAGAAAAAGCAGAACUUUGGGCCGAUCACCCAAUAUAACUGCCCAAAGGGGCUGCUUAAAGAGUUACUAACUUCUGACUCGCCUCCGCACAGCGAUAUGUUACCACAAGUGGAUACUGUGGUAUCACAAGCUAACAGUCGAAUGAGCAGUCAGAAUAUGAUGAUCCCCACCACAAUGUCCUCAUAUGCUAACCAGGGAGUUCACACCAAGUUGAUGAACCCCAACAUCCAGCAACAUCCAGUGCAUAGCCAGCAUUCAGUUGCAAUGAAUGGCUGUGUCAUACCUCGUACCGUGAGCAUCAUGACUCACCCUUCAAAUAUCCGACAUCUUUCAGCCCCAAAAAACCAGAUACACGUGCCUAUGUCUUUGCAACUUAAUGCAAUGGAUCCAUACCAUAUUAAUAGCAACGGAGGCUAUGGAAGAAUGAAUAUUGCUGCUGUGAAUCAAGAGAAGCUCCCUAGUGAUUUGGAUGAUAUGUUCAUUGAAAGCCUGGAUUGUGAUGUUGAGUCCAUUAUUCGUAAUGACCUUAUGGAUGGUGAUACUUUAGACUUUAAUUUAGACUGCUAUUCAAACAGUUCAAAAGCACCCACACACAGCUGGGUAUCUGGCUAAAUUUUUAUUAUGAGGUUUAUCUGAAGAUACCAUGACUGGAUUGACAUCAGGAGUUGGGAAAAGCAAUCCAAAGAUGUCCUUCACCCUAUUUGAAUUCUCUUGAAACAUGUUCCCUUUUCCCUUUCAUCAUACUUGGCAACACAGAACAUUUUCCUGCACAGGAUGUUUGCCCAAUGUUUGCAGGUUAUGUGCUGCUGUAGAUAAGGCCUUUGGAAUUUGGAGCUGUUUGGUUAAAGUGCCAAACUCACUACAGAAUGUCAUUUCCAAAACAUAGAUGUGAGGUGUGCUUAAUUAACAAUUCUUUUUCUAAUUAUGAGCAUUAUAUGGGCCUGAUCUGGUUGUUAACUGUGGCUGUAACAAACUCUGGUUCCAAAAUCCCAGAUCUCUAACAAAUUCUAGUGGUCUGUUGUGGAAAAACUUCAUGCAAGUAACACAUUUGCCAUUUGUUUUAAAGCAUCAUCAUCACUCACCUCUCAGGCUUGUCUGCAGCUAAGCAUGAGAUUGGUUUUCAAGUCUGUGGAAUUGUGACAUUUAAUUGCACUAGUAUUUUAAAUAAUUUGAGCCAUAAAACAGAUUGCUUGCACGUUCAAUGUUUUUAAUGCUGAUUGUUUUUAAAAUUUAGAUCUUUUAAAUCAAUUCUUAAAAGAUUAUGUCAACCUAGAUUUUAAAUCUUAUUUUAAAGAAUGCGGAAGGGGGCACUGUACUUUAUCUGAACUCAGGAAAUGGAGUUGGCCCAUUUAACAUGGUCAUCUUGAUAUGAUUGAAUGGUAAAAAUAGGGGUCCCUAAUCUGAACCCAAUAUUUUUCAAUAUCACAUGUCAAUUAAAAAUUAAUCCCUCUUUCCCAACAAUUACAUAUUUAAGGAGAUCAGUAAAAUAUCUUGUAAAAUAUUGUUUACAGUAUCAAUAUUGUUAUGCUCUUGAAAUGCAGUGUGAUAUUUGCAGUGAGUUUUUACAUUCUCUGUAGAAUUUCCAUGGUUCUGACAGCCUUUGCUUGGGUGUGCUGUCUACAUGGGAAGGUGGAAUGUGCUAUCCUUCCCAUACUACAUGCAUACAAUCCAAUCACCAUUGACAUGUAGUCACCUUUUAAGUUGCAAGAUUAAUUCAGAGUAAUCUAAACCUUUUUGUUUCCUUGGACUAUUUUUGACUUGGUUUUUAAUUCUGAAAGGGUUUUAUUUUGUAUCACAAGACUGACUUCUAUGUUAUGUAGAAGAAUUUUAUGAUAACUGGCAGCUUGUCAUUGGUAGAAGGACCCAAUGAGUGAUGACCACGACUGUUGUGUCUGCUGUCUGGGUAACAGCCAAUGGAGGAAUUUUCUACUUAAACUGUCUGCACUUAAGAUUGCACUUAACCAUCUCAAUGAAAAGGAAAUGGCUUAUAUUUCUAAAACAGAACAAUAUUGUUUUUUGAUAUUGACAGUAGAUCUCCAUAUAGCUCUUUAAUUUUGGAUAUAAACAUUUCUUUUACAAUAUCCAGUCUGCCUAGCUAUUGAGAAAUGUGAAUUGUCAUUAAAGUAGUUGUUCUUAAAAGCUGAAGCAACAAUGUUUUCGGCCAUGCCUAGUAAUUUAUCCCCAUUUAAUUGUGCUAUAUCAGAGCCUUCUAUUCUGUCUUUCAAAGUCAUACCUCCUUAAUGGUAUUGAGCAGAAUGAUGAUGCUGAAACAGUUGUAAUGACUUGUCUCUUGGCAGUGCAUUCCACGCACCAAAAUAUUUUAAACUUCACCCUCGUACUUUAAUCUCUUCCCUCCAGUAUCUGGCCUUUGCACCCGAGGUGGGGGGGUGGGGGGGUGCGCAGAACUCUAGCUAUCUAUCCUAGCUCUGUGACUCUCACAAUUUUGUAUACUUCUACCAGGUCACCCCCUCAGCCUCUGGCACUCCAGAGAAGACUACCUAAAUGCGUCCAAACUUUCCUUGCUGCUAACACACUCCAAUCCAUUCAGUAUCUUGGUGAAUCUCUUCCACAUCCCUUUCAAAUCCUCCACUUCCUUCCUAUUGUGUGGCGAUCAGAACUACACCCACAUUCAAAGUAUUUUAUCCAGCACAUUGUGACUUCCCAACACUUGUACUCAACAUCAAUGAAGGUAUGCAUGCUGUAUGCUUUCUUUAUCACCCUUUCAACUUGUGUUGUUGCUUUCAGGGAGCUAUGGAAUGCCAUUUACUGUAUAUUUUCCUCUUACAUUUGACCUCCCCAAAAUGCAUUACCUCACGCAUAACCAGAUUAAAUUCCAUUUGCCAUUCCUCCAUCCAGAUUUCCAUUUUAUCCAUGUCCUGUCAAGUUCCCCUCUAGCCACUGUCUGAGCCAGGUGAUUCUGGGUUGAGCUGUCUCUGUGGAUACAAGUAAAUGAUUUGGAUUAAAAUCUCAGUGUAAUCAGGACAAAGUCUACCAUUGAAUAUAGUUUUUAAGGUAUUAGAUUAGACUACUGUAAGAGGCCCUAUGCAAUAUAGAGAUUUUAUCGCACGUAAAGAUAAAGAUUAGCUUUAUUGGUUGCAAGUACAUUUGAACCAUACAGUGAAAUGCAUUGUUUGCAUCAAAUCAAAUUAGUGACGAUUGUGCUGAGCCGCCUGCAAGUGUUGCCACAUGUCUCGCGCCAUUAUAACAUGCUCUCCACUCAACCUUAACUGCCUGUCUUUAGAGUGUGGGAGGAAAGUGGAGCACCUGGGUUGGGGGUGGGAAACACCCACAUGGUCACAGGGUGAAUGUGCAAACUCCUUACAGACUGCUGUGGGAAUCGAACCCUGUUCUGUUUUUGAAUUUUUCCAGCUGACACUGUAAACCAACGCGCCACAUCUUAUUCCAAUAUAAAACAAGAUAAUAUUGUCAUUGAUUUUAUUAUCUACUUUUGGGAAUUGUUAAAUGGACAAUUGGCACCAUGACUGCCUACAUAGGUGCUUUUGUCUAUCACUGCGCAGACCUCCAUUAUAUGCACAAGUGGAACAGCGUGAUCCACAUGCCUGAGUUCUCAGUCUUAGCAAAGCUUCUGGCUUACAGUGAAGACUGGCCACAUGUUGGAGACUUGCCAUAGUUGUGGCUGCAUGUGUUCUCCAACAUUUCCCCCUUCCUGUCCCUCACCCCAGUAGCUUUCUUUCAUCACUGUAUUUGUAGAAAUGUAUUAAUUGUUAUCUUUAUUGGCACAAUUACUAGAGAUGUUUAACAAUACAGUCAUACACUUUAAUAUUUUAAUAUUAAAGUCUGUGGUUGUUUGCAUAGGGUUUUGGCAAUGUCAACAAACAAAAGUCAUAAAGUCUGCUUAACUCUUUAACUUUGUUACAGCACAUUAUUGAUGGCCAGAUCAGAUGACAUUCAGUGUUAUAGCAGCAUUUUAUUUGACCAUAAACUGACAUGUUUGAAAAGUAGCUUAAGAAUGAAAAAUUGAAGAGAUUCGCGUUUACAUUGACAUUGUUAAUGUGAUUUUUAAAAGAAAACUUUACCCCUUUAUUUAAAGGCAAGUUCUGCGGGUCAUAAAUGGUUUUGUCUUUUUUCUCCUCCCGUUUUGAGUUUACAGAAUCACACAAAAAGGGGCAUCUUGCACCUUCAGAGUUUUAUAUUAAACUGGAUUAAGUGAGGUUUUUGUAUGUAGUAUGUUAGAUUUUUACAUCCUAGGGGGUGCUAUUAAGUGAUGGUGUUUGUUUUUGUAAAUACUCAAAAGCAUAUGAGUUUUCUGAGUUAGAUUGCUGUUGUGGAUUUUUUUUGCGCAGGGACUUGUGUAAAGCUGUAAGUUUUUUAUUUUUUUGAACAAUUAUUUAACAAUCAGAUUUCUUUUACAAGUUUUCAUUCUGCUUCAGAUUAUAUUAAGUUUAAAGUACCACAAAGUGUUACACAUUCUCAGCUAGAUGUUCAAACAGAUUCAUAACUGUAUUUUAUUGGCCAUUUUACAACAAAAACUCAAAGCUUUAAAUAGGUCUACCUUAAUUCUAAAUGAUUAAUUGCUCUGUGAAAUGUGCAGAUUUACCUAUGCAUACAAAGUCUUACUUUGAACAUUUUUGCAGAUUUGUACUGUUAAAAAUAUAUUAGAGCACGAGAUAUUUUAACUGUAACAGAAAGACUUAUUGUUCCAGAUAUAGUUAAGUGUAACCAAAUGUGUCAUAUAAAGUUUAUUUAGAAGUUAGCAAUGGAAAUCUUAUUCUUUUGAUAAACUUGUAUACUUCAGUACAACUGAUGAUUGCAAUGACUGCCUAAUGUAAGUAGCUAAUCAGAUUCAGCAGAACAUCCCUAGGAAGAGGGAAGAAAAAAAAUCAUUGGACCAAUUGUUUUUAAUAUAGAAAAUUAAUUGCACUUAAACUUUAACUGUUUUAUUAAACAUACUUUUAUGAAUCAUUAAUGAAAUCUAAGUACUUACAUUUAUUAACUUAUACUCGAUGCAAAUGUGACUUAUCUAUUGGAUCCAGUUUAUAAAAGUUUCAGUAGGAGUAGGUUUUAAAAAAAAAUCAACAAACAAAAGUUAA